AUGGGUUUUCUGCGUAACAAAGAAGAUGUUGAAGAGGUCGUCACCUCCGACGUGAGCAUAAGCGACAUUGACCAAGGAAGUCUGCACUACACAGCAGAAGGUGGUGAAAACUCCAAUCGACUCACUGUCCAAGAAGCUAGUGGUGCCCCCGUUGAGCAACACAGUCCGCUUGGAUAUUCUGUGGGAUCAGUGACUGUGGUCUUUCUCAAUCUGAGUAUGAUGAUUGGAACUGGCGUGUUCUCGACUCCAUCUACUAUCCUUUCCGGGACCGGCUCUGUUGGUCUGAGCUUGAUUUACUGGACAUUAGGGUUCUUUAUGUCAUACGCUACUCUUUCUGUUUAUCUUGAAUUUGCCGCUUACUUCCCCUCUCGCUCUGGAUCUGAGGUAGUCUACCUGGAACAAUCUUUCCCUCGCCCUCGGUAUCUCUUUCCAACCGUGUUUGCGGUACAGACAGUGAUAUUUUCAUUUAGUAGCAGCAAUGCGAUCGGUAGGUUCAAAGAGGUCAAUGAUUCAAGAUCUGUUGCUGACAUUUAUUUGGUAGUUCUGGCGGAGUAUUUGUUCAGCCUUGCUGGCUCAACACCCACCUCAAUGCAAGAGAAGGGUGUGGCUGUAGCUGCAUAUACAGUGGCGGUCUUAGUUGUCAUAUUUCACACAAAGGGGUCACUUAUACUUUCAAAUAUCAUCGGUGUCAUCAAGCUUUUGACACUAAUCUUUAUCGGAAUCACCGGACUUGUUGUUCUUGGAGGACACACCUCAGUUCAAAACCCAACACUUAAUUUUAAACACGCAUUUUCUGGCAGCGAGGAAGCAACAGUGUACGGGGCAACCAAUGCACUGAUUGACAUUGUUUUCUCUUAUGCCGGAUACACAAAUGCGUUCAACCUCGUCAAUGAAGUCAAGAAUCCCAUCAAGACCCUUCGCUGGAGCGCCCCUCUGUCUUUAGGCAUCACUGCAGCCCUUUACAUUCUGGCCAAUAUAGCAUACUUCUCAGUUGCCACAAAAGAAGAGAUCAUCGCGUCGAAGCAAGUGGUUGCAAGUAUUUUUUUCGAAAAGGUAUUCGGGACAGAAGGAGCAUCAAAGGCGCUCAAUUUCCUGAUCUGCCUCAGUGCAUUUGGCAAUUUGAUCGCCGUACUGAUCGGCCAGUCUCGAAUGCUUCGAGAGUGUGGAAGACAAGGUGUUCUUCCGUGGACCAGCUUUUGGACCUCUACAAAACCAUUUGGAACUCCUCUUGGUCCCUAUUUGUUGAAAUGGGCAUUGACAAUCAUCAUGAUCCUGGCCCCGCCUGCAGGCGACGCUUUCAAUUUUAUUGUCGACCUCAGCGUGUACCCAGGCAACCUCUUUAUUUUCGUUCUCACCAUUGGUCUUAUCGUCACUCGUCGUCGACGUAAGCGACUUAACCUAGAGCCCGCAGAGUACCGCUGCUGGAAUGUGGCGUUGGGAUUCUCUCUCCUCUGCAACCUAUUCAUGCUUGCUAUGCCAUGGUAUCCCCCAAGUACCGGCGCAGAUGGUGGCGAUGUGUCAUUUUGGUAUGCUACAUAUUGUGUUACUGGUCUGGCCAUCAUUGCAUUUUGUAUUUUCUAUUACUACGUUUGGGUGUGGCUGCUCCCGAAAUGGUUUAAGUACCAACUCCGACAAACCAUUAUCUAUGGGGAGAAUGGAAUUACUGCGCAUCGCCUGGUCAAGAUCCCACUUGCAGAUCUCGAGACUUGGGAUGCAGAGCAUGAUGCCAGUGGAAGGUUAAGACAGCCCAUAGAAACACAAGAGGGUGAAAUUGGGUUGAAGCACGAUUAG